UAGACAAACCGCCUAUUACAUCUACCCAUCCUUCUCCAAGCAAGCCGACCGACCCAUAUAUAUAUAUAAACCCUCCCUCUUAAAAUUUUUUAUUUUUUAUUUUUUCAAUUUCUCUCCUUAUUUUCUUCAAUCAAUCGAGCUCUGCUUGAGUUACUCAGACCUCUUGGUGGAAGUCAUGGCUGGGGCUUUGGUUCAGUCUACUAAUUUCCCUUCUUUAGUUUGUGAAAGGCAUGGGCAACUCAACGGAUCUGGGAAAAUAAAAAGGAUUGUGAAAAUGAUGUGUACUUUACAAACAUCUCCACUUAGGUUGAGAAGUUUCUCAGGGUUGCGAGGAUCUAACGCUUUAGAUACUUUUAGAUCUGGCCAUGAUUUCCAUUCUAAGGUGGCAGCUUCAACCUCUGUCCGGCGAGGAAGGGCUAGCCGAAUUGUGCCAAAAGCUAUGUUUGAGCGUUUCACAGAAAAAGCAAUAAAAGUGAUUAUGCUUGCACAAGAGGAGGCAAGACGGCUUGGUCACAAUUUUGUUGGGACAGAGCAGAUUUUGUUGGGCCUUAUUGGUGAGGGCACUGGCAUUGCUGCCAAGGUUCUCAAGUCCAUGGGAAUCAAUUUGAAAGAUGCCCGUGUGGAAGUGGAGAAGAUCAUUGGAAGAGGCAGUGGAUUUGUUGCUGUGGAGAUUCCAUUUACUCCUCGUGCAAAGCGUGUUUUGGAACUUUCUCUAGAGGAGGCCCGCCAACUUGGUCAUAAUUAUAUUGGGUCCGAGCAUUUGCUGUUGGGAUUGCUUCGUGAGGGUGAAGGUGUGGCAGCCCGUGUUCUUGAAAAUUUAGGUGCUGAUCCAAAUAAUAUCCGCACACAGGUCAUUCGAAUGGUUGGAGAAAGUACAGAAGCUGUUGGUGCUGGUGUGGGAGGGGGAUCCAGUGGCAAUAAGAUGCCGACACUGGAGGAGUAUGGUACUAAUUUAACAAAAUUGGCAGAGGAGGGUAAACUGGAUCCAGUUGUUGGAAGGCAGCAACAAAUAGAACGUGUGACCCAAAUUUUGGGUCGGCGGACAAAAAAUAACCCCUGCCUUAUUGGAGAGCCUGGUGUUGGAAAAACAGCUAUUGCAGAAGGCCUUGCACAACGAAUUGCAAAUGGUGAUGUUCCAGAAACAAUAGAGGGGAAGAAGGUUAUAACCCUGGAUAUGGGCCUUCUUGUUGCUGGCACAAAAUAUCGUGGAGAGUUUGAGGAAAGACUAAAGAAGCUGAUGGAGGAAAUUAAACAAAGUGAUGAAAUAAUAUUAUUUAUUGAUGAGGUGCACACGUUGAUUGGAGCAGGAGCAGCAGAGGGGGCAAUUGACGCUGCAAACAUCUUGAAGCCAGCUCUUGCAAGAGGUGAACUGCAGUGUAUUGGGGCCACCACACUUGAUGAAUACAGAAAGCACAUAGAGAAAGACCCGGCCUUGGAGAGACGUUUCCAGCCAGUUAAGGUGCCUGAACCCACUGUUGAUGAAACUAUACAGAUUUUGAAAGGGCUUCGAGAGAGAUACGAGAUACACCACAAGCUUCGUUAUACGGAUGAGGCAUUAGUUUCUGCAGCUCAACUGUCAUACCAGUACAUUAGUGACCGCUUCCUGCCUGAUAAAGCAAUUGACUUGAUUGAUGAAGCUGGCUCUCGGGUUCGGCUCCGCCAUGCUCAGCUCCCAGAGGAGGCCAAAGAGCUAGAUAAAGAGCUAAGGCAGAUCACAAAAGAGAAGAAUGAAGCUGUUCGCAGUCAGGACUUCGAAAAGGCUGGGGAGUUACGUGAUAGAGAAAUGGACCUUAGGGCUCAGAUCACGGCUCUUAUCGACAAAGGCAAAGAGAUGAGCAAAGCAGAGACUGAAGCAGGGGACGGAGGUCCUGUGGUGACCGAAGUCGACAUUCAGCAUAUAGUCUCUUCAUGGACUGGCAUUCCGGUUGAGAAAGUGUCUACUGAUGAAUCUGAUCGCCUCCUCAAGAUGGAAGAAACUCUCCACAAGCGAAUCAUUGGUCAAGAUGAAGCUGUCAAAGCGAUCAGCCGCGCCAUUCGCCGUGCUCGUGUCGGACUCAAAAACCCCAAUCGGCCCAUUGCUAGUUUCAUCUUCUCCGGUCCUACCGGUGUCGGAAAAUCAGAAUUGGCAAAAGCCCUAGCUGCCUACUACUUUGGCUCUGAAGAAGCCAUGAUCAGGCUCGAUAUGAGCGAGUUCAUGGAGAGACACACUGUCUCCAAGCUCAUCGGUUCACCUCCCGGCUAUGUUGGUUACACUGAAGGAGGUCAACUAACCGAGGCUGUUAGGCGUCGUCCCUACACUGUUGUGCUCUUUGAUGAGAUUGAAAAGGCUCACCCCGAUGUCUUCAAUAUGAUGCUUCAGAUUCUCGAGGAUGGUAGGUUGACUGAUAGCAAAGGUCGAACUGUGGAUUUCAAGAACACGCUUUUGAUUAUGACGUCAAAUGUCGGAAGUAGUGUGAUUGAGAAGGGAGGCCGCCGAAUAGGGUUCGAUCUAGAUUAUGAUGAGAAAGAUAGCAGUUACAACCGAAUCAAGAGCCUAGUGACCGAGGAACUCAAGCAAUAUUUUAGACCCGAGUUCUUGAACAGAUUGGAUGAGAUGAUUGUGUUCCGGCAACUCACGAAGCUCGAAGUGAAAGAAAUUGCUGACAUAAUGCUAAAAGAAGUAUUUGACAGAUUGAAGAUCAAAGAAAUCGAGCUACAGGUCACGGAGCGGUUUAGAGAUAGGGUUGUUGAUGAAGGGUACAACCCGAGCUAUGGAGCAAGGCCUCUUAGAAGAGCCAUAAUGAGACUUUUGGAGGACAGUAUGGCUGAGAAGAUGUUGGCAGGAGAGAUCAAAGAGGGUGAUUCAGUUAUUGUUGAUGUUGAUUCUGAUGGUAAUGUUACUGUUCUCAAUGGUAGCAGCGGUGCGCCUCCCGAGUCAUUGGCAGAACCAAUCACUGUGUAGGUCAUAGACUUUGCUAUUUUGACCUUAUUUAUAUAUUUUUACUGAAGUUGGCUUCAUUGAUAGACUGGUUGGUGAGGCUGGGGGAGCCAGUCUUAUGAAUCUGUGACUAGGGUUUAAGAGUGUAUCUAUUGCAUUAUGAAUUGCACUCGUAGUUCAAGUUGAAACAGUAGGAUGUUGUUAGUGAUAGAUUCGCAGAGAUUUCAUGAUAACAGGACAUGUAAAUCAAAUUCAAGUGUCAGUUUGGUUUUGCUUUCUCUGAUUUAUUCAAUGACGGGCAUUCUUUAUUUGUUGUGA